GUCAACAAAGAAAGUGUCAUGUCAGAAGCAGCCACGAACCACUCAACAGCCAGCCAACUGCGUGACCACCCAACCAAGCAUAACUGGUAGGCGGUGAGGCUGCUCUCCUCCGAAGGCGGUCAGAUAUCGAUAACCGUUUUUCGCAUUUUUCUCCUCACGAGCAUCGAGCAGCAGUUUAUUGCGAAAUACCACGCUGCAGAUUGCUGAAGAGAUCAAUUUACCUACUCUUACGAACCGAGAACCGCUUGCACUUGAGCCACCUCCCAAAAUCAUCCGAACCCAUCUCCUACCAACUUAACACCAACACACCCAACAUGCCCGCCUCCGUCCACUCCGAAGAACAAGACCAGUCCAUGCUGGACGCCUCCGCGCCCCAAGAGCAAGAAGAGCAGACCGAUGUCCUCGAGCUCGAGGAGAAGCGCAUCGUUGUCUUGCCCGGCGCCUCCGACACCGCCGCCUCAUUCCAGUUCGAAGGAGAAGGUCACACGCUGGGUAAUGCCCUGCGAUAUGCGAUUAUGAAGAACCCCGAGGUCGAAUUCUGCGGUUACACGAUUCCUCAUCCUUCUGAGACGAAGAUGAAUUUGCGGAUUCAGACUUAUGACACAACCACCGCCACCGAAGCUCUCGAAAAAGGUCUCGACACACUAAUGGACCUCUGUGAUGUCGUGACGGAUAAGUUCACCACCGAGCGGGAUGCAUUCAAUGCCUCUCAGGGCGAUCGUAUGGAAGCUUAGCUGAUUGGAAUGGUUGGAUAAAUAGAUGGUGGAUUUUCAAGGUGGGGGGUUUGUAUAUUGGUUGGUUUUGUGGUUUGUGGUUUGUGGCUUGUGGCUCGUAUGUGUAUUGGUAUCUUGGGUUGGCGUUUCUUCAUGAUUAGAAAAGUUUUAUAUACCUGUUUCCUUGAUUUUUCUUUCUUUCUUUUUUUUUUUUUUUCUUUUCAGUUGGUUAUUGGGGUAGGUGGGUAGUAGUGAGUUGCUUAUCUGGGUUAUAGAUAUCUAUGGAGGGUUAGUGGGGUUCUUUACACAGUCCUACUAGUAUUCCAGCUUGUUGCGUUUUCGUAUUGUUGGGUUGUAUAUAAAAGUAGCGGUCUAGAU